GAAAAACAUCCGACUUGCAUAGCUAGCUUUUCAACCCCCAACAACUGCGCCAUCGCUCAGACACGUAUUUUACACCUUCGUCCAAUUCAGUAACACCAAGACGUUGUCACCGCCAUCUCCCACUUGGCAAGAUUUUUCCAGCAUUGCCGCAUCACAAGCUGCCUCGGUCUUUGCCGAUUCGUACGAGGGGCCCGAUAGGACUCAUAUAAAGUGGCUAUCUUGAGACCCACGAAACUCUUGUUGCUCGCGUCACACUCACCUACCUACUACGUUACAAGGCCGCACCAACUCCGAGCCAUACAUAAGCGCAUUGUAGUACCCUCCUACAUAUCUCAUACCAUCAAUUCUCAACCCAGAGGAUACAAAUUCAGAACCAUGGCGACUCUCAGUGCUGGACGUAAGCACAAAGUCACGGUAGUUGGCUCCGGCAACUGGGGCACUACCAUGGCCAAACUCGUCGCUGAGAAUGUCAAGGAGAAUCCGACUCUGUUCGAAGAGACGGUCCAGAUGUGGGUCUUCGAAGAGGAGUACACAUUACCAAAGGACUCCCCCCACUACAACGGCUCCGACAAGCCUGAGAAGCUCUCCGGCAUCAUCAACAGGGUUCACGAAAACGUCAAGUACCUGCCAAAUAUCACCCUCCCGUCCAACGUGGUCGCCAACCCCGACCUACCCGACUCCUGCAAAGACUCGACCAUGCUCAUCUUUGUGCUGCCGCAUCAAUUUAUUGCCCGAUCAAGCCAACAGCUGGUUGGAAAGAUUCUCCCUUAUGCGCGAGCUAUCUGCUGCACAAAGGGUGUCGAUGUUAGUGAGAAGGGCAUUCGGCUCAUGUCGGAGACCAUCGGCAUGACCCUCAACAUAUACUGUGGGGCUCUUUCAGGAGCGAACAUUGCUUCUGAGAUUGCUCAAGAAAAGUACUCGGAGACGACUGUGGCAUACGAUCCGCCACCGAUGGAUUCGCGCAACCCCACCCCAAGUGGGUCGCCGACUUCUUCCAUGAUCGACCUCACUGCUCAAGUCGAUCUCAUCGAUCCGAGCAAGUCGCAGCCCAGCAAGCGGUCGGCACGACUGACGCCUCUGCCCAGCGAGUACCCCCCUCUGUCGCAUGACAAUGUCCGCAAGCUCUUCCACCGUCCCUACUUCCACGUCCAUAUAGUCAACGACGUCGCUGGUGUCUCGCUUGGCGGAGCGCUCAAGAACAUCAUCGCCCUCGCAGCGGGCUUUGUGGACGGUCUGGGUUGGGGAGACAACGCCAAAGCUGCUGUCAUGCGUGUUGGUAUCAUGGAGAUGGUCAAGUUUGGCAAAGCCUUCUUCGGAGAGAGCGCCCGUACCAGCACCUUUACCGAAGAAAGUUGCGGUGUGGCAGAUGUCAUCACUUCAUGCAUGGGUGGCCGUAACUUUCGCUGUGCGAAGAUGGCUGUUGAGCGUGGAAAGACAAUCUACGAGAUCGAGCAAUCGGAGCUCAAUGGCCAGAAGCUUCAGGGCACUAGUACCGCCUACGAGGUGAACGAGUUCUUGAAGGCUGAGGGUAUGGAGGACGAUUUCCCCCUCUUCACCGCCGUGUACAACAUCCUGGAGGGCAAGAAUAAGCCCGAGGACAUUCCUCAGCUCAUCGAGAAGAAGCCUUAGACGAUGCCAGGUGCGAUCGAGCACGGUGUAGAACAACGAGCGGUCCCAUACACAUACACUUGACGACGACUCUGACAGCGAAUACCCCUCAAAUAGAUUAGAUGCCCCUUGAAGGAAAGCUUCUAGAAUACAUGUCCCUUGGAUAAAUGCAUAAUGUACAUGUUUGA